UUUUGCAAUUGUUUGAACAAUUAUUCUAUUCCACUCGCCACCCUUCAACCAAUGAGAUUGAUCUCCUGCGACGCCACCAGCAUUAGAACAACGUCACAAGCACCGACAAACGUGGAGCAAUGGCGUUCUCAUGUUCAAUUUCAAAUGAAGUGCCAGAGCACCCGGUCGUCUCUCCAGUCUCUGGGUGCAUUUUCGAGAAGAGAUUGAUUGAGAAAUAUGUUGCUGACAAUGGAGUUGAUCCCAUCAAUGGGAAAGAGCUCACUAUAGAGCAGUUGAUCGAGAUUAAUGUGAGUCCAACAGUAAAACCAAAGCCCCCAAGUGCCACUUCGAUCCCAGCAAUUCUGAAAAUCUUCCAAGACGAGUGGGAUGCACAGAUGCUGCACGCAUUCACUGUUCGCCAGCAGCUUCAGACAUGCAGACAAGAGUUGUCACACUCUCUGUAUCAGCACGAUGCAGCUUGCAGAGUGAUCGCGAGACUGACGAAAGAGCUGACAGCAGCCAGGGAGGCUCUGGCAACAUUGAAGCCCCAGGCUGGCAUAGCUCCCACUGCCAUACCCCAGCCAGCAGUGGCAGUCGAGGCUGGAAGUGGUGCUGUCCAGCCGACAGAGCAAGCUGGUAUCACUGAGGAUGUCAUUCAGAUACUUCAGGAGAGGGCGACGGUCCUCACACAGGAGAGAAAGCGAAGGGGAAGGUCCAUUCCUGAGGAUCUACUCCCGGCUGAGAGCAUCAGAAGCUUCCAAACACUUGCUUCACAUCCGGGUCUGCACAGUGCAUCAGUGCCAGGAAUCCUUGCUCUGGACAUUCACGGUGCUGAUACCAGUAAAAUAUUGACUGGAGGUGCUGACAAAAAUGCCACAGUCUUCAAUAAAGACACCGAGCAGGUGGUGGCUAUUUUGAAGGGACACACCAAGAAAGUAACAAGGGUUAUUUAUCAUCCUGACGAGGAUGUAGUUAUGACGGCAUCUCCAGACUCGACGAUUCGCAUUUGGAAUGUGGGAACCAGCCAGACAACUCUGCUGCUGAGGGCUCAUGAUGCCCCAGUCACUGGAUUGUCCCUUCAUCCAACUGGGGAUUAUUUGCUCAGCUCUUCCCUGGAUCAACACUGGGCUUUUUCGGAUAUCAGGACUGGGAGACUACUCACUAAGGUCGCUGGCCCAGGCAGCCAGCCUCUGACCACCGCUCAAUUCCAUCCUGACGGUCUGAUCUUUGGAACCGGAACUCAGGACUCUCAGGUGAAAAUCUGGGAUCUCAAGGAGCAAUCCAACGUCGCCAAUUUCCCUGGACACUCUGGACCCAUUUCUGCGAUCAGCUUCUCAGAGAACGGAUACUAUCUUGCGACAGCUGCUGAAGACUGUUGUGUCAAGCUGUGGGAUUUGAGGAAACUGAAGAACUUCAAGACUCUCCAGUUGGACGAGGGCUACGAGGUCAAGGAUUUGUGCUUCGAUCAGAGUGGAACAUAUCUUGCUGUUGCUGGAUCUGACGUCAGAGUUUACUUGUGCAAGCAAUGGCAGGAACUGAAGGUUCUCAACGACCACACAGCAACAGCAACGGGAGUUCGAUUUGGCAGGCAUGCACAGUACUUGGCAUCGACAAGUAUGGACCGAACAUUGAAACUUUAUGGACUUCCGUAGAAUGAUACUUAGUUUUUCCUCAUUAUUAUUUCAUUUUUCGACGCAUCUACGAUUAGUAUUAAGGUCCAUAAUGAUAAUAAAGAUGUCAACAGUAACAAGUAAUUAAUAAA